CGCCAUGGAGGACCAGGGCUGCCCGCGCUGCAAGACCACCAAGUACCGCAACCCGGCGCUCAAGCUCAUGGUCAACGUGUGCGGACACACGCUGUGUGAAAGUUGUGUGGAUUUGCUGUUUGUGAGAGGAGCUGGGAACUGUCCAGAGUGUAACAUUCCACUUAGAAAAAACAACUUCAGGAUACAACUCUUUGAAGAUCCUAUAGUUGAUAAAGAGGUUGAUAUCCGGAAGAAAGUGCUAAAGAUAUACAAUAAAAGAGAAGAAGACUUUCCUACUCUGAGAGAAUAUAAUGAUUUCCUGGAAGAAGUGGAAGAAAUCGUUUUCAACUUGACCAACAACGUGGAUUUGGAAAACACCAGAAAGAAAAUGGACAUAUACCAAAAGGAAAACAAAGAUGUCAUUCAGAAAAAUAAGUUAAAGCUGACUGUAGAACAGGAAGAACUGAAUGAAGCUUUGGAGGCAGAACGACAGGAAUAUGAGCAAAGAAGAAUUAAUAUACGGAAAGAAGAACAACUCCAACAGAUUCUAAAAAGGAAGAAUAAACAGGCGUUUUUAGAUGAAUUGGAGAGUUCUGAUCUCCCUGUUGCUUUACUUUUGGCUCAGCACAAAGAUAGAUCUACCCAGGUGGAAACGGAAGUUGAGAAGCCGAAACCUUCAAAACCAGUGACAUUUUCCACAGGCAUCAAAAUGGGACAGCAAAUUCCAUUAACACCUGUACAAAUGCUUGAAGAAGCUCUAUAUGAAUACCAGCCAUUGAAAAUAGAGACCUGUGGGCCACAAGUUCCUGAGCUGGAGGUGCUAGGAAGACUUGGGUAUUUAAACCACGUGAGAGCCGCUUCACCCCAGGACCUUGCAGGAGGCUAUACUUCUUCUCUUGCCUGUCGCAGAGCACUGCAGGAUGCAUUCAGUGGGCUUUUUUGGCAGGCCAGUUAACUUUCUUUUUUACGUCUCCUUAAUGUGUUUUGGACCUCGAAGCCCAACAAGGAAUCAUACCUGUAAGACGAUAGCCAUGUGCAGCUGGACUACAGUGCUACUAGAAAUGGCUCUUAAGAUAUUUAUAAAGAAAAAAUUCAGUAGUAAGCUGAGGAUUAGAGUGGAUAACUAUUUGUGAAAAAGAUUUAUUUUUUACUGAGAACUGAAGCUAAAGCUUCGUGAUAGAAGACAUGAACAAAUCACUUAGUAUUUUGAGGUUGACAA